AUGUCAGACGACGAAUACGAGGCGUACGAAGACGCGGGAAGUCACCGUUCCGACAGCGACAGCGACAGAGGAUCAGACCAUGAAAAAUAUGAGUCGCCACUCAGGCAGGAUAGAGUACACGAGGAUAGUGAAUGCAACAGCGACCACAGUAGCGGGCAUAGUCACCACAGCCAUCACAGCCAUCACGAUCACACUGAACAUCAUGAACGACACAGCUCUCAUAGUUCCAGCAGUCAUGAGUACCAACGUCAGCAACACGAGCACCAUGAAGACUACAGAGAUAAUAGACAAGAAGAUUGGCAGACGAAAAGACCCGUGGAAGAAUCUGAGAGAGCUUAUGCGCCAGUUGAGGAACCAUUCUAUCGCGAUGGUAGCUCUGAGCAAAGACAUAAUGAUGACGUAGCUUUCGCCGCCGAAGGAUUGGGAUCCAUGGCUUUGGGUGGAUUCGAAAAACAACAUCAGACUCCUCCUCAGCAGUUCGAGGGAUAUAAGCAAGGAUCUCAUGACCAAGCUCCUUCCAGUGGCGAUUAUCGAGCCAACGACGGUGACUACUACAAUUUGAUCCCGCCGCCAGGACCACCUUCACAAGAGUAUCAUCCUACUGGAGCGGGAUAUGUACCCUACCAACAAUACCAAGCUCCGCAACCACCAUACGGUGAUCAGUACAAUAAGGGGAGUGAUGAUGAACAGCCCCGACAACAUCAUUAUGGACCCACAUUCACAGAUCCUGAGACUGGAGAAGUUGCUCAAGCGUUCUUCGAGUAUUCCAAGUGUAGCGGAACUAGAAAAGCUCUUUUAAUUGGCAUCAACUACUUUGGAACCUCUGGACAGCUUAACGGAUGUAUUAACGAUGUUCACAAUGUUCAAAAAUUCAUUUGUGAACGAUUUGGCUAUCGACCUGCAGAUAUCGUCAUGUUGACUGACGAUGCCAUCGAUCCGAGGACCUCCCCGACCAGGGACAACAUUAUCAGAGGCAUGCAAUGGCUCGUCGAGGGAGCUCAAAGAGAUGACGCCUUAUUUUUCCACUACUCUGGACACGGUACGCAAUCCGAAGACACGGACGGCGACGAGGGAGAUGACGAUGACGAGGCUAUCUGUCCCUUGGACUAUCAGAGUGCAGGUCUUUUAAUCGACGAUGAUAGUAAACACGACCUUCUCGUCCGACCUCUUCCCGCUGGCUGUCGGCUAACAGCUAUCUUCGACUCUUGCCACUCUGGCACUGUCAUGGAUCUGCCUUACGUGUACUCUCCUGAAGGCAAAAUCAAAGAACCUGAUCUUCUCAUUGAAGCCAAAGAAGGACUACUAGGCGCAGGUAUGGACGUGCUUCGAGGCGAUACGGGGGGAAUCAUGUCCAAUCUGUUUGGAGCUGCUAAAUCCGUAUUCGAUGCGAAAAAAGCAGAUCAGAAGACCAAAAAAACAAACACUAGUCCGGCUGACAUCAUCCAGUGGGCAGGAUGUAAAGAUAAUCAAACUAGCGCCGAUACUCAGGAAGAAGGUAAAGCUACAGGUGCUAUGUCAUAUGCGUUCAUCGCGGCGCUCACGAAAUACCCUAACCAAAGCUAUCAGCAGCUUUUGACUAGUAUUAGAGAAGAGAUGCAAGGGAAAUAUACCCAGAAACCCCAACUGUCAGCUUGUCAUCCUAUUGACACCGAGCUCCAGUUCGUCGCUUAG